AGAAAUGCAUGGGACCACCAGAGAAGUGCUGACGGUACACGCUACCAUAUCCCGGCUUAUUGCGACCCCUGAACCUGUCUCCACAUGCAGACGUUCAGGAAAGGCCGUGAGGCAUGCUACAGCCAAUGGAAAUAACAAGAGGAAGUCGAGCAGACCGAGCGUUGUUAGCCAAAGUGGAGUUUGUCUUGGGCACACCCUCCCCUCACUCAGGACCUCUGGGGUUUCUGAUCUGCUGGGCCUUACAGGAAGACCAGGGCUCCCGUUUCCAAUUGCCUCUGAUUUUUGCCUUCAUUGCCAGGGAGACAAAGGUGCCAUGGGAAUCCCUGGGCGGCCGGGACUAAAAGGGCAACCUGGAGAGAAGGGUGCUCCAGGAGAAGCAGGCAUGUCUAUCAUCGGGCCCCGCGGUCCACCCGGACAGCCUGGAACAAGAGGUUUUCCUGGAUUCCCGGGCCCUAUUGGCUUGGAUGGCAAACCGGGUCACCCUGGACAGAAGGGAGACAUGGGUGCUGCAGGUCCCAGGGGACAACCUGGACCUCCAGGACAGAAAGGAGAAAAGGGUCAGUGCACAGAGUACCCGCACAGGGAAUACCUAAGUACCACCCUUGCAGCACUGCGCUCUAACCAGAUCCUUACGCUGAAGGGUGAACAAGGACAAGCAGGGAUCCAAGGGCCCCCAGGGCCCCCUGGCCCACCAGGACCUGCUGGACCUGAAGGGACUCCGGGACAGCCUGGGCCAAUUGGGCCACCUGGCAGAGUGGGGGAACCCGGGAAGCCUGGCAGAGAUGGGAAGGGCUUGCCUGGACCUCCUGGACCAAAGGGAGAUCCUGGGAUUCAGGGAUACCCUGGCAGAAAGGGGGAGAGAGGCAUGCCAGGGCUGCCAGGAAGACAUGGCACUAAGGGCGCUCCCGGGACGGCCGCGGCAGGGAUGAAGGGCGAGCCUGGGACUCCAGGAGAAAAGGGUGAGAAGGGACGAGCUGGUGACCCUGGGCUUCCUGGACUCCCUGGAAGCAAGGGAGAGAAGGGAAGUGCUGAGAAUGCCCUAGUGGGAAUUAAAGGAGAACCUGGCCCUCCAGGUCUGCCUGGGCCCCCCGGACCAAAGGGAGAAGCUGGUGACGUUGGCCGGCCUGGCGCUGAAGGGCCACGGGGGGAAAAGGGAGAACCUGGCUCACCAGGAGACCAAGGACCCAUGGGCCCAAGGGGCCCCAAAGGAGAGCCUGGGAAGGAUGAAAUGAUGGACUAUGAUGGCAACAUCAGUGAAGCUCUCCAGGAAAUAAGAACUUUGGCCUUGAUGGGACCCCCAGGACUUCCGGGUGUGGCUGGACCUCCAGGGCCACCAGGACAGAAGGGUGAAAUUGGCUUGCCAGGUCCUCCAGGCCAUGAUGGAGAAAAGGGUCCACGUGGCAAGCCUGGAGAAAUGGGCCCCCCUGGCCCUCAUGGACUGCCAGGAAAGGAUGGACCACCUGGAAUAAAGGGAGAACCAGGCCAGACUGGGGUCACAGGAGAGAAGGGUGACAAAGGAGAGCCAGGACAAGCCGGCUCACCGGGAGAGAAGGGUGAGCGUGGAGACAAAGGAAGCCCAGGAGAAUCGAUAUCUGGCCCCCCUGGACCCCAAGGCCCACCAGGACCCCCAGGUCUUCAGGGCCUACCAGGACCCAAGGGGGAAGCAGGGAUUGAUGGAGUGAAAGGAGAGAAGGGUGCCCAGGGUGAAAAAGGAGACAGAGGGCCACUAGGAUUACCCGGUGCUUCAGGUUUAGACGGCAGGCCUGGACCACCGGGUACUCCAGGACCAAUUGGGGUUUCAGGACCAGCAGGACCAAAAGGAGAAAGGGGUAGUAAAGGAGAUCCUGGAGUUGUAGGACCAAUGGGGCCAGCAGGGCUUCCUGGUUUACAAGGUCUACCUGGUGACAAAGGAAUCCGGGGGGAGAGGGGCAAGAAAGGCUCUAGAGGGUCUAAAGGGGAUAAGGGAGACCAAGGAGCGCCUGGAUUAGAUGCACCCUGUCCGUUGGGGGAAGAUGGCCUUCCAGUUCAAGGCUGCUGGAAUAAGUGAUGAUUCUAACCCUGGACUGGCCUCUGUGUGUUACUGUACAUAGAAUAUUUAUUUUUAUACAAUGUUCUUUGAAAUGCCCAAAGUUAUGCAUUUCUACAAAUUAUCAAAAAGCUGCAUAUGGUGUUUUUUUGUACAGAAAAUACUAGAUGUCCCUUCUUCCCUAUUUGUCAGUUCUCAGUAUAAUUCUGUGUCUGCAUUAUGCUUACCUUGUCGUGGAGUACAGCUGUAAUAUUGACAUGAUAUUUGUGCACACAUGAUGGAUACAGGAACUUAAUAAAUUAUUGCAUUGCAAGUGCCCAGAGGAACUGCCCUGUAUAGAUUCAAAGGUCAUUUUCAUUUUCAGAGCUGGAAUCGUUCACCAAUAUUUCAAAUCAUUCUGUAUGGUUUAUUAAAGUGAAAGA